GCGAGGAGUACUGCUAGAAUGCGAGAACUUGCGGGCCUUUGCCCGACGCGUCUGUCAAUUCUGCUGACUCUAUUGCUGCUCCUCAAAUGUUGCUCCUGCUAUUUGAUCAUCGUACAUGAAAACGCUCCAGCCGGUGAAAUAAUUUUCAACGCAUCUGUUCACAGGCUCGGUUCCGAUCGCGCCUACUCAAUCAAUGCACAUAAAUCGGCUAGUUAUGUUCAUCGUAUCAUUCACGUAAACCAUGACACAGGAUCAGUUCAUCUGAAGAAACAAUUGUCUUGUGAUGGCUUAUAUUAUCCUAGUUUAUUUACGUUCUACGUCGACUCGGUAUCAAGUCGUGUGCGAAAUAUUGAUUACUAUAGUUUACCGUUACGGAUUUUAAUAACUGGUGCUGAUUGUAGCGAUGGUUAUUUUGAUCUGAGUAGUCGUCUAUCAUUCGAUGAACCUGAUCAAGAAAUCCGUAACAAAAGAGAAACACGCGGCCAUAUGAGUCCACAGAAUACUGGAUUGGAGACUGCCCACCAGUACUUGCUUCAUAGCAUUCAACGGCAGAAAAUACUUCGUAUGAAACGAUCGAUUCGUUUUCUAACUGCUUCGAAAAUUCAGAAACGAGUUGAAGAUGCGAAAAGAUGGGUAUCGGAGACUUACGCCUCGUUUGCUAUUCCAACAACUGAUAAGCCAUGGCAAAGCAUUUGUUUACGAAAAUCGCAAUUUAUUAACUCAUUAGCUAGCUUUAUGCCUAAAUCGGUUGAGCAAUAUUGCAAAGUAACGUUUAUAGAUUUAAAUGAUGAUAGAUUUGCGGUCGAAACUCAAAAUUUUCAUCUAGUCGCACGCGAUGAUGUUUGCAUAUAUGAAUCUUUAUGGAAGAUAGUAAUUUUAUUUAAAUUAAAUUGUGAAGGGAUCGAUGUAAUUGAUACAGAACAUAGGCUAAAAAUAGUUUAUCAUCAUCAGGAAUUCAACGAUACUGAUAUAGCUAAACGUGUUAGACGUGAACUCAGAAAUCAGUCUCCAUUUUUCGAGCAGGCAUUAUAUGUCGCGUCUAUUAUGGAAGAACAAAUACCACCUGCGGCAGUAACAACUCUAAGAGCGAGGGAUCCUGAAGGCUCUACUAUAGAAUACACAAUGACGUCUUUGCUGGAUUCCAGAUCACAAGGAAUGUUUCAGAUAGAUGCGCAUUCAGGGUCCGUCGUUACAAUGGUCCGCUUGGAUAGGGAACUAGUUGAUGUGCAUUAUUUUCGUAUUUUAGCAACAGAUGACAGUUUUCCACCAAGAUCGGGAACUACAACUCUGCAGAUUAAUGUUUUAGAUUGUAAUGAUUACGCGCCCACGUUCGAAAGCUCAGAGUUUCACGCAAGUGUACGAGAAAGUGCAUCAGCUGGAUCAACCGUAGUAACUUUACGCGCUACUGAUCAAGACGUCGGUAAAAACGCGGAAAUAGAGUAUGCAAUAGAAAAUAUUUCGGGUGAAAAAGAUUCGACGGAUCUCAUUAACCAGCCAUUCAGAAUAGAUGCGCAAACUGGUGUUUUGACUGUUCGUAGUCAAUUAGAUCGUGAACGCGUAGAAUCUUAUUCUGUUAUUGUGACUGCUAAGGAUUUAGCUCAUCCAACGAGCGCACGUAAAACAAGUACAGCAACAGUUGUUGUAAAUGUACUGGAUGAUAAUGAUAAUUAUCCUCAAUUUGGCGAACGUACAUAUUCUGUGCAUAUCAAAGAAGAUAGCGGUAAUGAUAAUCCGGUCAUAGCUCAAGUAGUUGCAACCGACGCAGAUGCUGGUGUAAAUGCUUUCAUUCGUUAUGCUAUUAUUGGAGGAAACACUAUGUCGCAGUUUUCAAUUGACAGUAUGACUGGCCAGGUUAGUUUAGUGAAACCUUUGGACUACGAAACUACAAGAAGUUACAGAUUAGUGGUAAGAGCGCAAGACGGGGGAAGUCCAUCACGAUCAAACACAACUCAACUAUUGAUAAAUGUAGUUGACGUGAAUGAUAACAGUCCCAGAUUUUAUGCGCAGUUAUUUCAAGAAUCUGUUCUUGAAUCAGUUCCGCCCGGUUAUAACAUUGUACGUGUUCAGGCGUAUGAUGCCGAUGAAGGUGAUAAUGCCGAAAUUACCUAUUCUAUCAUUGAUGCUACUAGUUCAACUGGUCUCAGCUUUGAAGACGGCCAAUCAGAGGAAGUAGUAAGUACUACUGAUUUUCCUUUAUCUGUUGAUUCCCGAACUGGUUGGGUACAUACCACAACAACUUUGGAUCGAGAAAAACAAUCAAAAUAUCAAUUUCAAGUUAUGGCUAAAGACCAUGGAAACCCGUCACGUUCCGCUUCUGCUUCCGUAUUGAUUACUGUGCAGGAUGUAAACGAUAAUGAUCCAGCAUUCAAUCCCAAACAUUACGAGGUGUCACUAGCUGAGGACGAAGUGCCGGGAACUCCAGUAGUUCAGGUAAUAGCUACAGACCCAGAUGAGGACUCUAGGUUGCACUACGAAAUAUCUGGCGGAAACACACGUGGGAGAUUUGCAAUCACUUCUCAGAACGGGUACGGACUCAUCACUGUCGCGCAAAAUUUAGACUAUAAACAAGAACGAAGGUUUAUUUUAACUGUAUCAGCUACUGAUUCUGGAGGUAGAGUAGAUACUGCAACAGUUUAUGUAAAUAUUACUGAUGCUAAUAAUUUUGCGCCGGUUUUUGAAAAUGCUCCAUAUAGCGCAUCAGUUUUUGAAGAUGCUCCAUUAGGAACUACUGUAUUAGUUGUGUCUGCGAGCGACGGAGAUGUAGGUCUUAACGCAGAGUUAACGUAUACAUUAUCCGAAGAUGCAAGUGGUCCUCAACCAUUUAGAGUAAUCGAACAAACUGGUGCAAUCGUCACAAACAACUUAUUAGACCGUGAAACUGCUAGCAGUUACUUAUUAACCGUCACAGCACAGGAUGGUGGCACUCCUUCUUUGUCCGAUACUACUGAUAUUGAAAUCACUGUGUCGGAUGUAAAUGAUAACAAACCGAUGUUUACUGCACCUAUGUAUCUUUCUUCCAUACCAGAAAAUGCUCUCAUUGGAACAUCUGUGAUUCAAGUCUCAGCUACGGAUGUUGAUAUCGGAAUGAAUGGCCGUAUUCGAUAUUCGUUGGUUGAAAAAGAUAUCGAAGAUGCUUCAUUCGUUAUUGAUCCAUCUUCUGGAGUAAUACGCACUAAUAAGGGUUUGGAUCGAGAAUCUGUUGCUAUAUACCACUUACAGGCGGUUGCAAAAGAUUUGGGCACUCCAUCACUAAGUUCUACAGCCGAAGUUCAAAUUAGAAUUGAAGAUGUUAAUGAUAAUCCUCCAACGUUCGCCAGUAACAGAAUCACAUUAUAUAUUCCUGAAAACAGUCCUGUGGGCUCGCUUGUUGGAGUUCUUCAUGCGCAAGAUCCAGAUGAAGGAAUUAACGCAAUUAUACACUACUCAAUUAUUGGUGGGGAAGACAGCAACAGCUUCAGUCUUAUGACACGCCCGGGAUCUGAUCUUGCGGAACUGCUAACUAUGGUAGAUAUGGACUACGAAUCACCUAAAAAGAAAUUUGAAUUAGUAGUACGUGCAGCUAGUCCUCCUUUGAGAAAUGAUGUCCAUGUGGAUGUUAUUGUAACAGAUGUGAAUGAUAACGCGCCUGUUUUGAAGAAUUUUCAAAUAUUUGUUAAUAAUUACAAGGAUCAUUUUCCAUCUGGGGCAAUUGGCAGAAUACCAGCAUUUGAUGCUGAUGUGACAGAUAAACUUGAUUACAAAAUAUUGUCUGGAAACAAUGCUCGGUUGUUGUAUUUGAAUCAGUCUACUGGUGAGCUAACAUUAUCACCUCAACUGAAUACCAAUGUGCCAAGACAAGCAUCUAUGAAAGUUGCAGUAUCAGAUGGAGUUAAUGAUGUACAAGCUGUAAUGACAAUGACUGUGCGCUUAGUAACUGAGGAUAUGCUACUUAAUUCGGUAACUGUGCGUUUAAAUGAUAUGACUAGUGAAGCAUUUUUAUCACCUUUGAUGAAUUAUUUCAUUGAUGGCCUUGCGGCAAUUAUACCUUGUUCAAAGGAACAUAUAUUUCUGUUGAGUGUUCAGGACGAUACUGACGUCAAUUCUCGAGUUUUAAACGUAUCAUUUUCAGCCGGUCGUUUUGACACUCCCUCUAUGUCGUUUUACAAACCACAAUACUUGCAGGAGAGGGUGUACUUGCACAGGUUGCUACUACAAAGUAUUUCUACUGUUCAAGUGCUACCGUUUGAUGACGAUUUAUGCGUUCAUGAACCCUGCUUGAAUUUCGAGCAGUGUGUUACGGUUCUAAGAUUUGGCAAUGCGAGUGGUUUUAUUCACAGUGAUACAGUUUUGUUUAGAUCAAUUUAUCCAGUUACCACAUUUGCUUGUAAAUGUCCUGAAGGAUAUACAGGGAGCAGAGAGCAUUACCUAUGCGAUACCGAAGUUAAUUUAUGUUAUUCGAAUCCAUGUAAAAAUGGUGGUGUAUGUAUGCGGAGAGAAGGUGGCUACACUUGCAUUUGUGAAAUGCCAUUCACAGGUGUAAAUUGUGAAACAGUUCUUAGUAACUGCACCGGAAAUAAUUGUAUGACGCAGCGAAAUUCUUAUACCAUGGAACGUAAAUCUCAGAUUGAUCCUCAUAACGAAUUCAAUCACAUGUGCGAAUUACGAUCCCGAAGUUUUGUCCGCGGUUCUUACCUAACUUUUCCAAGUUUACAUCAAAGAAAUAGAUUUCAUAUAAAAUUACGGUUCGCUACAUUGGAGCAAAAUUCCUUACUUUUAUACAACGGCAGAUACAAUAAUGAGAACGACUUUGUAGCGCUUGAAAUCGUAGACGGUGCAGUACAAUUUUCGUUUUCAUUAGGCGAAGGCACUGCUACAGUUUACACAAAUGUACCAGGAGGAGUUGCUGAUGGCUUGUGGCAUAGUGUUGUAGUUGAAUAUUUUAACAGAACAGCAAUAUUAUCAGUAGACGACUGUGAUUCUACAUUGGCACUAUCUCCUGAAAUGGAAAAUAGAGGCAUAGAUUUGAUGUGCGCUAAUUCGACAUACCUCGAGCUACCAAGCAAAUGUGUAAUAUUAACUGAAAACUGCCAUAGAUAUUUAGAUUUGACAGGACCUUUACAAAUUGGUGGAUUACCUAAUGUUCCUAAUUCAUUGCAAGUAAACUCUAGAGAUUUUGUAGGUUGCAUUGGCGAUCUUCACAUAGAUCAUCGUUUUAUUGAUUUAAAUAACUUUGUAGCCGAUAAUGCCACAAUAUUGGGCUGUCCAGAGUUAUCAAAUUUUUGUUCAUCUGAUCCCUGCUAUAAUGGUGGUACAUGCAUUGAAAAAUGGGGAUCUCAUCAUUGCUUGUGUGCAGAGGGUUUCACUGGCAAAGAUUGCAAUGAAAUUACCACACCACCAUGGCGUUUUCAAGGUGAUGGCUUACUUUCAUUCAAUCCUCUUUUGAGGCCUAUUCAGCUGCCUUGGUUGAAUGCAUUAUCUAUUCGAACAAGGCAAUCAAAUGCAUUUCUGAUGUCAAUCCAAUUGGGUCAAACAAGCAAGGCUAUAGUAUCGCUGAAUGAUGGGUUUUUGCAAUAUACUUAUAACAAUGAUCCAGUUUAUUUGUCAAGUGUCAAUUUAUCGGACGGUCAAUGGCACCGAAUUGAAAUACAGUGGCUUGGCACAGAAUUAGCUUUUUCAUUAGAUUAUAAUCACAGAAUGGCUAUAUUACCUGUAACACACAAGAUUCAAGGAUUGUAUAUUGGAAAAAUUGUACUUGGUAUGGAUUCUGGAGUUUUCGGCAAUUUUGAUUAUGGUUAUUUUGUUGGGUGCAUUCAGGAUGUUAGAGUAGGAAACUUGCAAUCAGUACUUAAUCGACCAACUGUGCAGGAGAAUGUUCAGGAAGGUUGCGGAACGCAAGCUGAAUGUCCUAUUAGUUGUCCAGAAAAUUCCGAAUGUAACAUGGAGUGGGAUGAAGCUGAAUGUGUUUGUGAAAAAGGCUAUAUUGGCAAAGAAUGUAUUUCGAAGUGUGAUGUUAAUCCCUGUCAAAAUAGUGCAACAUGUCAUAUGGAUUACACAUUAGACAAGGCAUAUUAUUGCAGUUGUAACAGCUCUUUGUAUUCAGGUGAAUAUUGCGAAAUAGUACUAGAGCAACCUUGUCCGGCAGGCUGGUGGGGUGUAGGAGAAUGUGGACCAUGCAAUUGUGAUGUGGAUAAGGGUUAUAAUCCUGAUUGUCAUAAAACAACAGGAGAAUGCUCUUGUAACGAAAACCAUUAUCAGCCAGAAGGUCAGAAUGCUUGUUUUCCAUGCAAUUGCUAUAGCACGGGUUCUUUCAGUUCGACAUGCGACAAAAUUAGCGGACAAUGUUCUUGUAGAGAAGGCGUCAUCGGUCGACGAUGUGACACUUGUCCCAAUCCUUAUGCGGAAAUUACUUUAAAAGGAUGCGAAGUGGUGUACGAUUCAUGUCCACGUGCGCAGGAUGCAGAACUUUGGUGGCCUCGUACUAGUUUUGGCAGCGAAGCAAUCAUCAGUUGCCCUGCACCGGCUAGCGGACGCGCAUCGCGUCUUUGUGAUUCCACUCUGGGCGGAUGGCAGCAACCGGAUCUUUUUAAUUGUACCUCUAAACCGUUUAUUGAACUUAGGAAACAG